GGCGGCGGCGGCACCGUGCUCCCGGGGCCCAAGACCCCAGCCUGGGGCUGCCGCUGUGGCGAGGCGGCCAAUUGGGCAUCGCGGCUCCACUGCAGGAGCUGCGGGGGCCCCGCGCCUGUCUCCGUUCGGCAGCGGGCAGUGGAGGCGGCGGCAGGCCCGUCCCCGUCCGCGGCGCGGCCGCCCAGGGCAGUGGCGCCCAAGGCCAAGGCGGGCGCCAAGGCCAGCGCCGAGACGGAGCCCAAGCAGUCGGCGGCGGCCGCGGAGGCGCCCUGGGUGCACGGCGGCGGCAAGCCCCGGCGGGUGCGGUUCCGCGAGGCGGAGGUCGUCGAGAUCAGGGAGGACGACGAGGCCGACCAGCUGGCAGCAGCGCUGCGGCUGCUGGAGGAGCGCGGAGUCCAGCUUGAUGAGGAGGCGCAGAAGAAGCUGGGAGUCGGCAGGCAGGCCGACCCAAGCAAGGCAGGCCCAGAGGCGCCCAAGUCGCACCACGCCACGGUGCAGAGCGCCAUGUGGAAGGUCAAAAACACGGCGGGCAAGCUCGAGAGGUCUCAGCAGAACUUGGAGGCCGCACAGGAGGCGUUGGCGGACGCCCAGCUGGCGGUGGACAAGGCCACGGAGGCCAAGGAGGCCGCAGCCAAGGCCCACGCCCAGGCGCAGGACCUGCUCGAGCGCGCCAGGAGGGUGGAGCAGGCGGGCCUCCCGCCCGAGGCACAGCUCGACCAGCGCGCGCAGGACGUCGACAGGCUGGCCCAAGCCACCCUCGGAGCGAGGUACGCCGCCGAGCUCAAGGACCAUUUCGAGGGCGAGGAGGCCGUCCAGGUUACCCAGGCCAUCGAGCUCUUCUCAAAGCUCGCCGCCGCGAGCAAGGCCCGCAUUGAGGCGGCCAAGCGGGCGGCGGAGGGCGGGUCACCAGCAGCCGCGGGAGGGGACGCAAUGCAGGAGGAGGGCGACGACUUCGACGCCAGAGUGGAGGCCCUCGAUGGGGCCAAACGAGCCGAGGUCGAGCGUUUCCUCGAGUCGCACGGCUGCUCCUUGCCCAAGCGCCUGCGCCUCCCAGCGGGCUCCGCUGCAGGCAAAGGCGCGGCCGAGGCAGCAGAGAAGAGCGAGGACCAG